CCCGGCUGGAUUAUCAAUUCCCACAGAAGAGAUCACAAAACUUGACACCUACCAUAAAACAGAUGAUAUCAAUGAUUCCCAUGUCAAUAAGUAACAUGGCUCAAGUGUAUGCCUAAAUUGUACAAGGGAUUUGUUAAUAAUGGGUGAGACGAUCAAACUACAGGUUCAACACCUCGUACAACUCAACAUACAGUGUUAUCGAUCAUUUUUGGCUAGCAGACGAGUGCGGCAAUUUGCCAUCUUACGUGACUGACAGAUCAACAAUAUGCGAGAUAUGCAAACUUAGAUGAUUGUUAACGUUCAUCAUGUUCAUCACCCCAUAGACCACAGGAGGAUCUUUAUUUAAGGAACGAUGGUUCUAAUGAUGGUAUUGGAGAGACAGGAUCGAGGAUUGCUGCAUCGUCAAAUGUAAGAGUAUACAAUAUAUUACAUAUGGAAAUGGUUACAUUUUGAGAAACCAGUAAUGGAUUUUUUUAAUGUUGUUCACUGUCAAAACAAAAGUGGAGUGCCUCUGGGCGGGAUUGGAUGUGGGACUAUCGGGAGAGGGUUCAGAGGAGAUUUUUGCGGCUAUCAGAUGAAACCUGGGAUUUACGAAUAUUACACUUCUCACGCUACGCAGUUCAUCGUAAACAUCCAAGAUGAGAAUGGUAAAACUUUAUACCAAAAAGUAUUAUCUUGUUCGAGCAAACCCGAUGGUUACGUUUUAAAUCAGUGGGAUUGGAGUUUUCCACCUUCUGAUGCCGAAUACACCGCCCUUUACCCACAAUCAUGGACUGUUUUUGAUAUCAAAGAACAAAAUAUAAAAUUGAUCUGUCGACAAGUUAGCCCUGUAAUCCCACAUAAUUACAAGGAUUCAUCUUUACCUGUGGCAGUUUUCGAAUGGAGGGUCAUUAAUAACAAUAAAUCACACAGAUUUGUUAGCAUUACAUUUACUUUCAAAAAUGGAACUGGUAGUCCCAGUGAUAAGACAGAACCUGCUUGGAGUGAAAGUUUUGACAAAAAAGAUGAAUUAGGAGCAGCAAGUGGAGUAACAAUUAGACAAUCGUUUGGUGAUCUACCUUGUUCUUAUUCAGUCGCAAGUUCAAUAAAUACAAACACUGCUGUCACAAGAAGUUUGUAUUUCAAAGCUAAUGGAAACGGUUCAACCAUAUGGAAUGCAUUAAAAAAAAAUGGCGAUUUAAAAAGUGAGCCAGAUCAGAAAACUUUAUCUAUAGACACUGGAACAGAACUUGGUUGUGCUGUCUGCAGUAGGAUUAACGUCAGCGGGUACAGUGAAGGGACAUUGUCUUUUUCAUUAAGCUGGGACAUGCCUAAAAUACAUUUCCCAGGAGGUAAUAUUUGGAAGACUAGAUACUAUACAAAAUAUUUUGGCGAUAUAGGACAUGCUGGGCCUGAGAUCUGUUUCCAUUCCCUAAAGAAUUAUAAACAAUGGAUAGCUCAAAUCAAUUCCUGGCAAGAGGAUAUUCUAAACAACAAAACUACCCCAGACUGGUUUAAAAGUGCUUUGUUGAAUGAGCUCUAUUAUGUAUCCAAUGGAGGCACGGUAUGGUUAUUACUUGAUGAUGAAGAAAAAAAGAAACUUUCUGCUAAUGACCCAAGGCUAGAGUUUGGGAGAUUUGGUUAUUUGGAAGGUCAUGAAUAUAUUAUGUACAACACAUACGAUGUUCACUUCUAUGCAUCAUUUGCAUUGGCCAUGCUCUGGCCUAAAUUGCAACUUGCUUUACAGUAUGAUUUUAACGAUGCAAUUGCCAUUGAGGAUAAAACCCAAGUUUGGUUCUUGUACAAUGGAAUUUGUGGACAGCGAAAGGUAAAAGAUACUGUUCCCCAUGAUUUAGGAAGUGCAGGCAACCAAGCCUUUUCUAUUAUAAAUUACUACCCAAUACAUGAUGUUUCAAAAUGGAAAGACUUAAACCUCAAGUUUGUACUUCAAGUUUAUCGCGACUAUACAUUAAUGAAAGAUAAAAGUUAUUUGGUGGAUAUGUUCCCGAAUGUCAUACGAGUUAUGGAGUACUCUUUGCAAUGGGAUACUGACAAUGAUGGUCUCAUCGAGAAUUCUGGAUUUCCUGACCAAACAUAUGACACUUGGAUUAUGAGAGGAACUAGCUCUUAUUGUGGCAGUUUGUGGCUUGCAGCACUUGUUGUAUUGGUGGAAAUGGCCAAAAUAUUGGGUGACAAGGAUGUUGAAGAGAAAUUUAACAAAAUUUUGCUCAAAGGGAAAGUGUCUUUUGAUAAAAAGCUGUUUAACGGGUCUUAUUAUAUUUAUGACAGUUCAAAUGGGGAACAUUCUAAGAGCAUUAUGGCAGAUCAACUGUGUGGUCUGUGGUAUCUCCACUGUUGCGGAUUAAAAAAUAAUAUAUUUGUCGAAACACAUGUCAAAUCUUCGCUGAAGGUUGUGUUUGAAAAUAAUGUUUCGAAUUAUUAUAACGGUGAGCAAGGAGCAGUGAAUGGUAUGCUACCUGAUGGUUCAGUAGACACGUCUUCGACUCAGAGUGGAGAGGUUUGGACAGGGGUUUCUUACGCUCUUGCUUGUCUUCUCAUACAAGAGGGGUUUUAUGAGGAAGGUUUUAAAACAGCUUCUGGAAUAUACAACACAGUGUACAACAAAUCAGGAUUAGGAUUCUCAACUCCCGAAGCGUUAUUUAAAGAAACAUGUUACAGAUCUGUGGGAUAUAUGCGACCGCUUAGUAUCUGGUCAAUUCAAUUGGCUUUACAAAAGGUUAUUUAAUUGAUUUUUAAAUGAGCCAGUAUUUUUUGGAACUGUGCAUCAUUGCACCUAGCAGUUAGUGCAAGUACAUACAUUCAAAUAUUUUUAUGAUUAAAUUAUAAUGUUUGUUUUACCAAAUUCAGGUAUGAAAAUCUUUAUAUAUAUAAAAAAAGAUGCAUUAAAAUAUUUAUUUAUAUAUUUGUUGAAUGGUGCUGGUUUACACUUUCUAAAAUGAUUGCUGUGGGUUUUAAAUAAUGCCUUCCCUAUGUAAAGAACAGCCAUCUAUUCGGACAGCCAGGCAGCACUGGGGACAAUUAACACACAGUGAAGUCCAGAUUCGUUUGGGAUUGUAUUAGGGCCCUGUCAGACAUUGGGGAAAGCAACAAAAUUACCUUGUCUGGGCCCCAGAGCACCAUAGGGCAGAGGGGCAACGAAGAACUCGAUAAAUUGGACAAGGAAAGUGCGAUGAGGACACUUAUUGGAGAACCCUUUUGUGGCAUUCUAAACCACAAAAAGCAUGGAUCCAUCAGACAACAGAUUAAAAAUAAGUCCUUUGUUCAAGGGAUUGUAGCCCAAGAGGUAUACGAAAAAGUUCAUUUAAGGACUAUUGCAGAAACUAGCAGCAGAACUUGGAUGUGUUACGACUACAAUAAUAGUUAACUGUUGACUGGACACUCCAAACUCUGGAGGGAUAUAGUCUGGAGUGGCAGAAACAAGCCUGUGCAAAUAUUGCUAGAAAGAAGACAAGAGUGGAACAGGUCAUAUCUUGGUGCGAAGGCUUAUGUGUGCUGAGUUCCCCUGGGAGAGGAAAAGCCCGGGACUUAAUGAUACACGGACAUCCUUGAAAAAGCUGUGGGAUCUGGUAAAAAUCCUUAAGCGAAACGAUAAACUCUAAACAAUGAUGGAGAUUUUAUAGUCCAAUUCUGCAGUGUGUGGGUUGGUUAGGGAUAGCCAACUUGGCCCACUAAUUGGACAGUCAGACAGCCUCAUCAGAGUAAAGUCCAGACCAGUAUCAGAUUGCAUCAAGGCCUUGUUAGUCAAUAGGGACAACAAAAUCACCCUUGUUUGGGUACCAGGUACCAUAUGACAAAGUGUUAACUAGGAAGUCAAUAAAUUGCGCAUGGAAGUUUGAUGAGAACAGCUAUCAGCCCUGAAUUCAUUUGCGACAUACCAAAUUGCCAAAAAUGUGGAAUCAAGAAGGGAUUUCAUUCCAGGACAAGCAUGUGAAGAAUCAUUUUAGAAAAUACCAGAUUGCCAAAAAUGUAUAAUCAAGAAGAAUAAGUCCUUGGGCAAAGGGAUUUUAUUACAGAACCAUUCUAGAAACUAACAGCAAACGUAGAUAGGACUGCUGAAUGGACAUUGCAUUCCGAAGCCAUAUUAUAAUCUCUGAGGAGCAGAAAAGGCAAAUGUGUGCGAAGCCUAAGCCUCUAAGCCUGAUGAAUGGGAGCCCUUAACAAAUCUUUGGAAUUUGGUAGAAAUCCCUAAGGUUAGCAAAGAGGUCUAAAUAAUAAUUUAGCUUGCACAAUAGACCAAUAUCGGUAAUGGUAUCGUGUGCCAGGUCUGUUUUAAUGUUAUCAGUACAUGUAAAAUGGGAUUUAGGUAGCUACUGACAAUGGGUUAACAUUUUUUUUUACCACAGUUUAUAUGAACGCUAAACAUACACUAAAAAAUAUUUCAAAAUAUUAACCCUACAUGGUGCGAUGAAAAAAUAUGGUGAAUAGAAAUUAAAAUCUCUCGAACUUUUAUUCGACCGUCGAGCAAACUUCAAUACUAACCUUAAAUGAUCAAAAAUGUUGUGCAAUUCAUGUAAUAUUGUGCAAUAUAAUUGAUCGUAAAGGGCCCGUCUUAAUUAAUCCCAAAAUGUGAAAGGAAUAUGAGGGUAUUUCAACUACGAGAUUAUAUGAACCCUCAGGGUGCCAGUGUUUUUGAAAAAAAAAAUUAUGUAUGCUGGGUUCAAAUAUAGGGCCACUGUUUUCGAACCUGGGAUUUUUACCUUAUAGUCCUGAGCACCAUGUCAAUGUCUAAAGCGUUGCACCCACUGAUGCCUGAACAGCAUUUUCUUUUUUAACCUCAGAACUUUGAUGGUUCUUGCAAAAUCUGGAACAGGAUAUCACUAAGUGUGGAAAAAUCCUUGGCCAUCUCUGAGAUAUCGCCAACCUUUUUUAUACAACAUUAGCCAUAUUUUAAACUUCACCAUGACUGAUGGGCUAUUUAUGUCCUGAUGAAGGCAUUAUAUUUCUUGUAAGCUUUACAGAGGUUAGUAUUUCUUGCUUCUCAUGUUAACCUUAUCCUUUAUUUGUUUAUAUCAAAUCAUAGUUAAGGGCAUCGGUGGCUCCAACGGUUCAGACACUAACACGAUGCUUAUCACUGGAAGGUCCUGGAUUUGAAUCCAGCAUUCUUGUAUUUUUUUUUUUCUAAAACACCGGCGCCUCAAGGAUCAUAUAACCCCAUAGUUGAAAUACCCUCGUUUGAAAAAGAAAAA